AGAUAACGAAUCGAGCACAAUUCAAAAACUAGCAGGACUCACUGCAUUCCCAUCUGAGCAGCGGGCCGACGCACUUUAUCUAUGCCCGUUUGAUUUCAGUCUUUUCUGCGAAAUCCGACCGACGCGUUCUUUAGGGUGCUGAAAAUAGAGCUUUUAUCAAAAAUACAGUGUUUAUUGUGAGAUUUCUAGUUGUUGAGGUUAUUAUUUGAAUGUAGUUUUCGGUGCUUCGCAACGGAUGUGGAUGAUUGGCGAAUCGCGUGCUGUUUCGGGAUAAAGGAGCAAGAAACUUCGCCUCAGUUAUUUAUUUUUCAAGACUUUAGGGUGCUUUAUUUUACUCAAAUCAUCUUGUGCAACGAUGAGUGCUGGAAUUGCGAAGACGGCGAAGCCACCGGCUCACGUCGAUCCCAAAUCUGCUCCUCUGAAAGAGAUCCCUGAUAUUCUGGUGGAUCCCAGAACCAUGAAGAGAUACAUGCGAGGUCGCUUUUUGGGAAAGGGAGGAUUUGCGAAAUGCUACGAAAUCACAGAUAUGGACACAAAGGAGGUUUUCGCAGGGAAAGUGGUGCCGAAGUCGAUGCUGCUGAAGCCGCAUCAGAAAGAGAAAAUGAGCACCGAAAUCUCCAUUCACAAAAGUCUCGAUAACCCGCACGUCGUGGGAUUUCACGGGUUUUUUGAGGAUGAUGACUUCGUUUACGUGGUGUUGGAGAUCUGUCGGAGAAGGUCUCUCCUUGAAUUGCACAAGCGGAGGAAGGCAGUUACAGAGCCUGAGGCCAGAUAUUUCAUGCGCCAGACUAUUCAGGGUUGUCAGUACUUGCACAACAACCGGGUCAUCCACCGUGAUCUCAAACUAGGAAAUCUGUUUCUCAAUGAUGACAUGGAUGUGAAGAUCGGUGACUUUGGGUUGGCCACUAAGAUCGAGUUUGAUGGCGAGAGAAAGAAGACCCUGUGUGGCACUCCAAACUACAUCGCCCCAGAGGUGCUCUGCAAGAAAGGCCACAGCUUUGAAGUAGACGUAUGGUCACUGGGUUGCAUUCUAUACACUUUGCUGGUUGGAAAGCCACCAUUUGAGACAUCCUGUCUGAAGGAGACCUACAUCAGAAUCAAGAAGAAUGAGUACAGUGUUCCUAGACACAUUAACCCAGUUGCCGCUGCUCUGAUUCGCCGGAUGCUCCACGCUGACCCUACGCUCAGACCUUCUGUGGCUGAGCUGCUGGCCGAUGAGUUUUUCACAUCCGGUUACGCGCCUCUGCGGCUGCCCACUUCCUGUCUCACUGUUCCUCCCAGGUUCUCCAUCGCCCCCUCCAGUCUGGAUCCUGCCCUCCUUCGCAAACCCCUCUCGUCGCUUAAUAAAGGAACAGACAGUCCUAUUGAGAAAAUGGGGAAAAUGGAGCAGCCACAGAGGGAAGAUCUUCAGCAAAGGGAUGGAUCUGAACAACCUGACUCCAACCUAAGUGACAUGCUGCAGCAGCUGGUCAGUGUCAACAACGCCAGGCCUUCUGAAAGAGACUUUAUUAGACAAGAGGAAGCCGACGACCCUGCUUGUAUUCCCAUCUUCUGGAUUAGUAAAUGGGUCGACUACUCUGACAAAUAUGGUCUUGGUUACCAGCUGUGUGAUAACAGCGUAGGUGUUCUGUUCAAUGAUUCCACACGUUUGAUCAUGUACGCUGAUGGUGACAGUCUGCAGUACAUCGACCGCAACUCGGCAGAAUCCUACCUCAGUGUUCGCUCCUACCCCUCUGCACUCUCCAAAAAGAUAACACUCCUCAAAUACUUCAGAAAUUACAUGAGCGAGCACUUGCUGAAGGCCGGGGCGAACAUAACACCCCGCGAUGGGGAUGAACUGACCCGGUUGCCUUACCUUCGUCAUUGGUUCCGCACAAAAAGUGCUAUCGUGCUACACCUGAGCAACGGAACUGUGCAAAUCAACUUCUUCCAGGACCACACUAAGCUUAUUUUGUGUCCUCUGAUGGGAGCAGUGACGUACAUCAACGAGAAGCGAGAGUUCUGCACCUAUAAGAUUAGCUUAAUUGAGGAGUUCGGCUGCUGCAAAGAGUUGGCCAGCCGUUUGCGCUACGCUCGCAACAUGGUGGAGAAGCUCAUGGCCAGCAGAAACACACCGGCAGCCGCUACUUCCGCCCGCUAACCUACUGAUGUCACAAAUUGUAUAGCUAUGAGAGGUCCCCAUCGAUUCUAUUCUCCCUCACUUGAGUCUGAGGGCCCUUAAAUAUUACAGCAGCAAAACUUGUACAGUUUUCUGAGUUCUACACUAUGAAUUCAUCCUCCUGAUCUGUUUACUCUAUCACUUGUUUUUCUGGGUUGGGGAGUUUGCCAACUAUCUGUAUCAUGUGAAUGCUCUUUGUACAUGUUUUAAUGUUUUAGAACUUGUCUGUUUACCUUUUGACUGUUCCUUGUAUAAAAGCUUUUGGACAUUAAUCUUUUAAUUUGUAAGAGAAUAUUUGAAAAGUUGGUAUUCCAAAAUAAAGAUCUUUUUAGAGAAA